AUGCAAAGUUUAACAGGGGAAUUUUCACAAACAUGUAGAGCACAGGUUGGUAGGCGAAACAAAUUGUGCCGUGAGAAUGCUCGUCUGAUAAUGUGGGCAGCCAUCACACACCUGUUUGAUUCUAAUUUUGCUCUUAUUGUGAAAAUAUGUGUUCUGCAAAUUGUGGUGCUUAAGCGUGGAAUAGUGGUGCGAAGUGUGGCUUUCGCGGCCACAAAUCACGGUGAAGUGCAUCCUGGUGCGAAGAGAGAUGACGGAAAUUGGGAGUUACAGAAACAGGUGGGUUACAGUGUUGUUGUGCGUUCUGAGCGGGAUGCGGAUGUGAGCGGAGUUUUGAUGAAGGGGGUGCUGGAAUGGUUGGGUUUAAUGGGUUUGAGAUGGUGA